UUUUUAAGCAUGAGUCAUUAACAUGAGUUAUUUGUAAACAAUUUGAGUUAUUGAUUUGUGAUGAUAGUUUAUUUUAAUGGUCUAUUAACGAUACUAUGUUUUCUUUUGUUCAAAGUCAUGUUGAAUGUUCUUGAGAAUCAAUUGUACCUAGAGAGUGGCUAAAUUUUGUUGUUUUUUUGUUAUAUUGAUUCUUAAAAAUACAUUUUUAGAGCAUAACUUUACUUUUUAUUUAAAACAUUUUGAAGUUUUAAGAGGUUUAAACUUUUCAAGUAUAAAAUGGAUGCUUCAUUGAUAAGUGAUGAUGGGAACAGAUAUACAGUCAAUCCAAAGAAAAAAAGCAAAGUUCGAAAAGGAUUGAUCAUGAAUCCAAUAUGGCGGGUAAUCUGUUUAUCGCUGAUGGCGAUCACAUUGAUUUUCUUAACACUGUCCACUUUCACUACUGCAUGGCGCGAGGACGAUGAAUCUGUGAUCAAUGUGUUUUCAACGAUAGGUUUAUUUCGCAUAUGCCGUGAUAUCAAGCAUGGUGCAACAGUUGAUCAUAAAUGUUUGGGAGAGCUAGCCAACGAUGCUCCAACUUGGUUUCAAUGCUGCCGUGCGUUCAUGUUGAUUGCACUCAUCCUCGUGUUAAUUGGUUUCAUUCUCGGCGUCCGUACUAUUGUUCAGAUUCCUCCAGUCAAGAAUAAGAACGCCAGACCGCACACUGUUUCAUUGGGUUUGCCCGCCCUCUUAAUGUUCGUUUCAGCAAUUUUCACGUUAAUAGGCGUAUCAAUUUUCGCAGUGGCGACGCACAUGGAGCAAGGAUUGUAUUUCCCCGAAUUUCAACCACCCACAUGGGGCAACAGUUGGUCGCAGGUUAUGGCUAAAAGAAACAGCAUUCCAUCAGAACUACCAGAAGAUCACGAUAUGAAACUGAAGUAUAGUUAUUCGUUUGCGUACGGCUGGGUUGGAUGUAUUUUCGGUACUGCAUCUUUCGUCAUAAACUUGAUUGCCAGUGGAAAAUCUUAAAGAAAUCCGUGUUUUCAUUUUGAGCAAGCGAGGCUGACGUAGCAAAGAGUAUUGAUUAAAGGUGUUUGGUCAAAUUUUCAGACAACACGUGUGAAAAUAUUUUUUUAGUUUUUUACCGUGAACUUCGUUUUCCUUUGAAUUUUGUUUACUAAAACGAUUUUGGAAUUACAUGUCUCUCCUUUGUUUUUGUUUGUACAUCACUUUAGGCAUGAUGCUAAGCCCCACCACUAUAAUUUUACUUUUAGUAAACUAUGAUAAACCAGUUGCUUUAAUUUGUAGAUGUGUUAAUUGUCGUAUAAUUUCGCCAUUUUGUUCACCUACAAUUGGCUUGCUUCCAAUUGGCAAGCUUCCAAUUAAGUGGUGAACAAGUGGCCUGUAUAUAGGUAAUGAUUCAAAUUUUUUGAUAGAACAUGUUAAUUUUUAAUUUAUGCAUUAUCAAGGUUAUUUACAUAGUUAUGCAAGAUUAUCACAAUAAAUCAGUGCCUACAUUUUACAUCACAUUUUCACGGAUUUUUUUCUGCAAGUUUUCUGAAGAUGAAUUUAAGGAUGUAUAUUUCAUACAGGGAUUAUUUUUUUCAUCGUUUUGAUUGGUCGAUUUUUAAGUUCACCGAAUCUUUUUUCUGAAUGAAAUAUUUUUUUUCUUGAGGAGAACGCCUUUACCAACAGACACCUUGUAACAACAAAUCACUUACACGUAGCCUAAUGUAGAUUUUUGCAGGUUAAAUUACUAAAACUGUCGUUCUUGAUGUAACUUUGUAUUUAUAUGUAAAGUUUUUACUAACAAUAAAAACAGCUUUAGAUUGCAAUCAUUGUAUUAUUUCAAAUUGUUUCGCAUUUUCAAUUUUUUGUCAUUAAUAAAAUCGUGAUAACACCA